AUGGCUGGUAAAGCAGGGAAAAAACAAGCUAGUUCUAAUGCAAAAAUAAUUCAAGGCUUAUUCAAGCAAGUGUCCCUGUUUUUAGGGAUGGCUAUUGUACGUUUAUUAAUUUCACGUAAGGCUACAAUAGGCCAAUGGAUCAAGCUCGUGAUUUUGAAUUCUCCUAUGUUUGUUGCCAUCUAUAUCAUCGUGAUAUCUGGAAAACCAAAGUACGAUGGUAACCGUGUGGUAAAACAAGGUAUAGAUUUGAACGAUGAUACAAAUUUAAUAUCAUAUUUUUUUGAUUUAGUGUAUUUAUCACUUUUUGGAAACAUUGGCAUUAUAGCGUUCAGAACAUUUAAAUUUUGGUGGUGUUUAUUAUUGUGUCCCAUAUACGCAGGCUAUAAGCUUUAUGGCCUUAAAAAUAUGGUGAUGCCUGGCUCCCAUCAACAAACUCAGGCAGACAAUCAGUUAAAAAAUGCUGGUGAAGGACAAGCCAAAUCUAAAAGACAGAUGAAAAGGGAGAAAAGAGGUGACGGUGACUCCAAAAUCAAAUACAAAUACCGCUAA